AUGCCGCCCACUCGGAACGGUUCAGCUGGCCCCCCUGCCAAGCUGGCGUCCGUCCAGGGUCUCUGGCAGCGUACUUAUGCAGCAGAUUACAUCGGCUUUGCCGUUCUGCUCUUCUUAUAUCUCAUGAUGGUCUUCUUUGUCGAACCAUUCCACCGAAUGUUCUUCAUAAAUGACUUGAAUAUUUCCUAUCCUCAUGCUGAGGUUGAGAGAGUACCUGUCACCAUGAAUUUCGUAUAUGCCCUCUUUAUACCUCUUGGCGUCCUGAUUCUAUACAACAUGAUAGCCCGAUCCCCCGUCCACAAGCACGAAGUCACGUACCUCUCCUUCGCUAUCGCCCUAAUUCUAACCUCCUUCAUCACCGACCUCGUGAAAAACACUGUCGGCCGCCCCCGCCCCGACCUCCUCUCCCGCUGCAAACCCUCGCCCGACACCCCGUCCAACACCCUCGUCACCAUCGCCGUCUGCACCGAAACAAACCACCACACCCUCCACGACGGCUGGCGCUCCUUCCCCUCGGGCCACUCCUCCUUCUCCUUCGCCGGCCUCGGCUUCCUCAGCAUCUUCCUCGCAGGCCAGCUUCGCAUUUUCCGCCACGCGCACGGCGGCCGCGACCUCAGCCGCGCCUUGCUCUGCCUCACUCCUUUGCUGGCUGCUGCCCUUAUCGCCAUUAGUCGCUGCGAGGACUACCGCCAUGAUGUCUAUGAUGUGUGCUGUGGCUCGCUGCUCGGCUUCGUUGUCGCGUACUGGAGUUAUAGACGGCACUGGCCGCACCUCACGGCGAGGGAUUGUGAUCAGCCCUAUCCUAAGCCUGAGGUGGCUCCUCCAGGGUGGAAUAGGGUACGGGACGAGGAGAGCGGCGUGGCUGGUUUGAAUGAUGAGAACCAUUGA